AUGGCGCGGGCAACUGCCGCUCCGCAGGACGUGCGUGUGACCGCCCAUGGCGGGGGGGGUGGAAGGGCUGGCGGAGUCCCCGGCUCAGACUUGUGUGAAUCUUUCCCUCCGGUAACUAGCUCAAAAAAUGCGACACCUGGAGAUGGAACCUGUGGCUCAGAGGCUUUUUUAGGGUCUUGUCUUCCGGACGACUGGGACGGCGAGUCGCACGCCAAGAUGAUCUCUGGAGACGACGGAGGAGGCUUGGAGGAGGACGCCUUGAAGAUGGAGGCAGAUACAGAAGGCAGUUCGUCGCGGUCCUCGCAGAAACACGAAAACACCACCGAUGAGCUCUCAUUCGACGUAAAUCCCGCGGCGUACAGCUCCGAGUUUGUCAAAGCUGCGGAAGGCGCGUUUCCUGCCGUCGCCGGAGGCGCGUCACCCUUUGUCCCGCCGUCUCUCGACGCAGAGAGAGCGGCAGGGGACAGCCGUUUUUCUCUGUCUGUGCAAGGCAGCGGUGCAAGUGAUCCUGCGGCGGCCGUGGCUGUGUCUGCGGUGGGAACUCUGUGCGACGAGCCCCGCGAUUUGCUGCUUUCUGGCGCUGCCAUGACCUCGGAGACUGCCAGGCCAGAUUCCACCUGCACUUAUUCCGAUGUCGCCGCUUUCCCAGCGGCGCCACAGCACUCGCCCCCGGGGGGUACGGGCCCUGGACGACUCCGCGCUUCUAGCGGCGGGUCGGCUAAGAGGCUGUCCGCGGCGUCGGGCGGCAGGACAGACAGCCCGUCGUCGAACUCGCCGUCUUUCACGAAGACGGGCGCUGCCGGCAGCGGAUCGCAAAACACCUCUUCGCCUUCCACUUCCAAACUGGAUGCCAACGGUUCGCUGUUAGAUGCGGAUCCCAAUCCCUCGGCGUCAGCGGCGUACCCGGCGGGCUGCUGUCGGUCGCCGACCGGCAGCGCCGCGGACGGCGUGCGGAGCCGCUGCGCCGCGUCGCCUUCUCGUGGCAACGAGGAGGCGAUCCACGGGAAUUCGCUGUGCCUCGCGAGCAAGCGGGCGAAUUCGACUGGGUCGGCGGGUCCUCCGUCUCCGGUUUCCGGCGCGCACGAGAAGACCUCGCCUGGAGACGCCAACACGCCGCCGUCUGCGCCCGCCAAGCGAGGCAGCAGCCUUGCAUCCGCGGCGAACGGCGUCAUGGGCGGGGCCGCGGCUGGGCGCCGUGACCCGCGCGCGUCGCCGUUCCCCGGCGUGAAGUUCUGCAGCUCGCGAAACGCGUGGAUCGCGCGUUGGUCGGAGAACGGCCAGGAGAAGUGGAAGACAUUCCCCGUCCGCGACUCGACGUUUGAAGAGGCGCGGCGAUGCGCCCUCGAGUUCAGGCAGGGCAAAGACCGGAAGAAAUACGAGAGGCUGUGGCAGCAGCUCAGCGCGGAUGCGGAGGGAGCCGGCGGCGGCGGCGCGCCACACAAGAGCCCAGGGCCGGCCUCCGCUGCGGCCGGAGGAGGCGCGUCGUCACCCAGCAGCGGCGGAGGGGGGGCUGACGGCGUCGCUUGCAAUUUGCAUGGCCGCCUGGAUGGGUAUCGAAGCCCGGCAGUGUCGUUCUCGCCAGAGGGGGGGAGCGUGCGAGGGACUGGCGGAGGGGGGGGAGGCGGGACGCCUUCAGGGGUGCACACGCAGGACAUCUUUGCGAAACUGAGUCCUCAGUACACAGGAGGGAGUGCCUCCGGUGCGGACGACACGUUGGAGAACAUUCGCGCGGCCGCAGCCGGUCUGCUGUUUAACGAUCUGCAACAGCACCGGUGGUUAGAGGAGGCGCUGAUGGGCGCAGACACCGACGGCGCGCUGCAGCUGUCCGCUCCAGCGAAGGGCGCACUCGACGCCGCGCUGCGCGAACGCAUGGAGUCGCGCUGGUCGGCGACAGCGAACAACGGGGGGCGAAGUGCCGGCGCGAACGGCAGGCUUGUCGACCCCCAGAGCAAGAAGCGACCCUGCGGCGCCGCAGGGCUCUCGAGCUUCUCGGACUUCUCUGGCUUGCUGGCUGGAGCGUUGGAAGAGGCGGCUUCAGCCAAGAAAAGGACCAAACUGCUGCGGAGAGACCUCCUGGAUGGCCUCGUCCUCAACGGCCUGGACGCUGAUCUUGACCGACAAAACGUCCCGCCGCGGGUGGCGGGACUCUUUGACGGCGUGACCGAGGAGGCAUCUGCAGACUAUCUGGCGGCAGAUCAAACGUUGAACUCUCUGCUGGGACUCGGUUCGCUCCUCCAGAAUGGAUUUCCUGUGGCAAGCAAACGCGAGAAGCGCACGACAGACGCAAUGGGUCUAGAUCGCUGGUCGCACGCGUCGCGGGCGUCGUUCCUGGGCGACAGCGGCGCGACAGAAGACGCCUGCCGGAAUCUGUUGAAUGCGAAAGCGCUAGGGAUGUAUAAGGACGCGUUGGUGUUGAUUCUGGAUGAUCUGCUGUCUCACGCGAUUAGCCUGAUGGGUGGGGGGGGGGAGAGCGGUUCUCUGUCAGGGAACGGUCUGGCGUGGCGAGCCAAGCAGAAGGGCGCAGAGCGGUCGAUGCGGCGCGUCGUCGAGGCCCUGCGGCGGCGCGUGGCGGACGCGUCUGUCUUCCGCAUUCUGUCGCCCUUCAUCAAGCUCUUCGAGACCUGCAUUCUGGAGAAGAAAGUCCCGAGCCAGUUCGACACCCGGUCCCAGAUUCUUUACUUGAACGCACUCAGCGCCAUGUAUGAGAUGGCGAUGCCGGUUGGAACGGCAAGUCUCGGCGCGUGA